AUGAUUAGUGCUACAGAGGAUGAGCCACUUCACGUGCUUGACUUACCCCAGAUCUACGAGAAACCAUCGGGCACCGAUCUCAUCAAGACCUUGGCCCUGUUGGCGUUACAGCCUAAGGCGUUUGGAACUAGCCCCGAGGCAGUCAAGGGCCCUGCUGUGCACCCGAUGGGGGUGAAUCGUUAUCUCACGCAGAUCAUUUCGAGCCCGCUAUCCUGGCUCGACACCGAUGAACUACGAGAGGCAGUGUGGGAUGCUGCAGCUGCUCGCCUGAGCGAGCGCUCUGGCCGUGCUGCCAUGCCGGCCAUGUCGCGAGUUUUCUCAGUCCCCAGAGCCUCCGGCGACGAUUACGCGAUUACCUUGCACGAGCCAUCCCUCACGGCGGACAACCUCGGCAUGAAGACCUGGGUAUCUUCAUACCUCCUGUCCCGCCGACUCCAUAACAUUCUCGAAGAUCCCACAGACCUCGUACCAUCGGGCCCCACCGACCUCCCUUCACACGAUCAGUCACAGAAAUUGAUUCGGGCUCUUGAACUUGGUUCUGGCACAGGAUUGGUCGGCCUUUCCUUCGCAGCCCUUCAAGGCAACUCGGCAACGGUGCACCUGACCGAUCUCCCCGAAAUUGUACCCAACAUUGCACACAACAGUGCUCUGAACAUCGAACUUCUCAACUCGACCGGAGCGAAGGUAACGACUGGUGUGUUGGACUGGUCUAUUGUUCCCGAGCCACAGCCCACAGCGGAAGAGCGAUACGACGUGAUCCUCGUAGCGGACCCGCUGUACUCGCCGAGUCACCCCGAAUGGCUUGUCCAAACCAUUGGAUCGUGGCUCGGACGGGGACUUGGUGCACGAGUUCUGGCAGAAAUGCCACUGCGCACUCCGUAUCUACCCCAGGUGCGAGAGUUCCGCCAGCGGAUGGCGGACCUUGGACUGGCGGUGGUUGAGGAAGGUGAAGAGUUUGGAUAUGAUGACUGGGAGGGUGCUGAUGGAGAUGUGCUGGCAGUCAAGUGCUGGUGGUCGAUCUGGGGAUGGAGCGAGAAGGUAUGA